AUGGUUUCUCUCACCGAAGGCCAGAAGGCUGCUUUGAGUCCCGAGGCAAUCACAUUUCUCGAGCACGUUCACCAUCUACCCUUCGCAGGCCUUCUUUCGAGCUUUCUCACCAUGCCAAACCGCGUUCCAAGUCUUCGCCAAGGGGUAGAAGUGAAAAUGGCACCUGGAGAAGCAGACUUGAUCGCCAAGCAUGGGCUCCAGCUCAAGGAAAUUAUCAUUGCCAAUGUCCCAGUGGUGGUCAUUGAACCACCCGUCAUUCAUCCCGAAAAAGAGAGCAAGAUUCUAUUCAACAUCUUUGGGGGUGCAUUCAUCAUGGGCAGCCCUCGAGAUCGUGCUGCCCUGACUAUGGCGGCGGAACUCGGCAUCCCUGUUGACUUGAGUGGCGCUGGUGACUCUAUGGUUUUCAAUGCCCGUGAUCGAGACAUCAUGCCGUACAGCCUCCUCUACAGCAUGGUGGCACAGAAUUAUUUUGAGGAGGGAGUGGACUUAAAGGACCCUUUGGUAUCCCCAAUUUAUGCUUCUUAUGAUACAUGGUUCCCACGAACCGUGAUAACGGUAGGAACUCGCGACUUUGCUCUUAGCAAUGGUAUCCGGUUUCACUGGAAGCUAAGGGAGGCUGGUGUUGAAACAGAGUUGCUGGUGUCCGAGGGGAUGUGGCAUGGGUUCGUUUGGGACCCCGUUGUACCGGAAGCUCAAACUGCUCGGGCUGCCGUGAUCAAAUUCAUGCAAAAUAAGAACUGGUCCAGAAAGCUUUGGCUACUAUUUACAUUUAGUUGUACGGUUUCUUCCAUAUGA